AGUGUUAAUCCCCAGUGUUAAUUGCCAGUGUUAAUCCCCAGUGUUGAUUGUUGCGUUAAGUGUCUGCAUUAAUCCCCAGCGUUAGUCGUCUGCGUAAAUCUUCUACAUAUAUAUUCAGUGUUAAUCCUCUGCGUUGAUUGCCAGCGUUCGGUGUUAUCUCAGCGUUCUGCUUGCUAACAGAACUUGUAGCUGCAUGAUUGAAGAUCUUUAACAUUUUUUCCCACAUGACGUUUUGAAUCUUGAUAAACGUGUUGAGUACGGCCGCCGCGUUCCUGUCCGCUUUCCUCUGAUGUUCAGCGUGCGAGUUUUCUGCCGUCGCCCGGAGAACAUGAGGACUGGAGCUGAUCCUGGAGUGCUGAGACGUUCGGAUGAAUGUGAGACUUGGGCGAGACGCUACAGGAGUAAAGGAGGACGCUGUGGCGAAAGAGGAGUGUAAGAGGAAGUAGAAAGCGCUGAAUGGAUGGAGUGAAAAGGUGGAGAGAGAAAAAGGAGGGAAAGAUAAAAAGCGAGUGAGCGGGUUGGAUUUUCCCAGCCUGAACGCUUUUAUCACGUUCCUCGAGGGAGUUAUCGGAUUUGCUCCGCACUGCUGAGCGAGAGAAGAGAGAAGAGGGAGGGAGGAGGAACAGAUGAAGAACGAACACCUCUCUUUUAUCAGACAGGUCCAGACACACACGUUCCAGAUCCUCCAAAAGAAAAGCGCGGUAUUGAUGUGUGUGGGGUUCUUCAUGCUUUAAGAACGCUUUCACACAAGUGUUUAGAACGUUCUCCGUCUCUCUGCGGUUCUUUAGGCGAGUGAGAACACGGCACUCUGACUCGCCCUCCAGAACCUCACAGCUACAGGUGACCGAGUGAGUUCCGUGCCUGAUUUCAACAGCGUUGUAUAUAGUUAAUCCUCUCUGAUGGAACAGGUGAGACGUGGAUAUAGAUCGGGUGAGACGAGAACAGGUGAGACGUGGAUAUAGAUCGGGUGAGACGAGAACAGAGCUCACACUGGCCCCUUUGCACUAGUUAGAACUCCAGCCACUAAAGAGGAUGAUUGAAGACGGAGGGAGGAGAGGAGGGACGAUGGCAGACGGGAAGCAGAUCUUCACGGAGAUGAAAGCGCAGAAUUUCGACUUGAUCCGGCUCUCUACGUAUCGCACAGCCUGCAAACUCCGCUUCGUCCAGAAGACGUGCAACCUGCACCUGGUGGACGUGUGGAACAUGAUCGAGGCGUUUCGGGACAACGGCCUGAACACGUUGGAGCACGGCACCGAGCUGUGCGUGUCCCGGCUGGAGACCAUCGUCUCGUCCAUCUACUACCAGCUCAACAAGCGUCUGCCCACCACCUACCAGAUCAACGUCCAGCAGAGCAUCAGCCUGCUGCUCAACUUCCUGCUGGCCGCACACGACAGCGAGGGCCAGGGGAGCGUGACGGUGUUUUCCGCCAAGGUCGUGCUGGCUAUACUGUGUGGAGGGAAGAUCGUGGAUAAACUCCGCUAUAUUUUCUCUCAGAUCUCCGACUCUAACGGAGCGAUGGCGCUCUCUAAGUUCGACCUCUUACUGAUUGAGGUGCUGAAACUGCCGUCCGCCGUGUUCGAGGGUCCGUCCUUCGGCUACACGCAACACCUCGCCCGCUCCUGCUUCCCACAACAGAAGAAGGUGAUGUUGAACACGUUUCUGGACACGAUGAUGGCUGAUCCUCCUCCUCAGUGUCUCGUUUGGUUUCCCCUCAUGCAUCGCCUCGCUAACGUGGAGAAUGUCUUCCACCCGGUCAGCUGUUCGUAUUGCCGCAGCGAGAGCAUGGUCGGUUUCCGGUACCGCUGCCAGCAGUGCUUUAGCUACCAGUUGUGUCAGACGUGCUUCUGGCGUGGCCAUGCCAGUGGAAACCAUAGCAACCAGCACCAAAUGAAGGAGCAUUCGUCCUGGAAAUCUCCUGCUAAGAAGUUGGGCCAUGCCAUUAGUAAAUCGUUUGGGUGUGUACCGAGUCGAGAACCCCCUCACCCCAUCUACCCUGAGGACCCGGAGAGAACGCUCGACCUCUCAAACAUCGUUCCACCCCGUCCUGUUCCAAACAACCUGAUCGUCUCAGCACCGCCCCCUUCUGUAAGCCCCACCCCCAACCAAAGGGUGCAGAGCAUAGCUGCUGCUCAGCGUCUGAAUGAGGAACACGCAUUGAUUGCAGCUUAUGUGAACAAACUGCAAUCGAGCCCACGUGCUCUGGACAGUCCCAACCGAAUGGACGAGGAACACAAGCUAAUCGCUCGAUACACUGCUCGGUUAGCGUUGGACCCUGGCAACAAUGCUAGAUCUCCACAGCUGGACUUUGACAGUAACAAGCAUAAGCGACAGCUCAUAGCAGAACUGGAAAACAAAAACAGGGAGAUCUUGCAGGAGAUCCAGCGGCUGCGUUUGGAGCACGAGCAGGCGUCCCAGCCCACUCCGGAGAAAGCUCAGCAGAACCCCACACUGCUGGCUGAACUGCGGCUGCUCAGGCAGAGGAAGGAUGAGCUGGAACAGAGGAUGUCUGCUCUGCAGGAGAGCAGGAGGGAGCUCAUGGUGCAGUUAGAGGGACUGAUGAAACUACUGAAGGAAGAGGAGCAGAAACAGGCCACCCAGGCAGCAGGCACUCCUCAAACCUCUCCCAGCCACGCCGCCACUCGUCCAAUCCCCAUGCCCGUUCGCUCCACAGGCUCCACUCCCACGCACACUGGCCACACCCCCUCCCAUGUGCCUCAGGACUCUCUGGCCGGAGUGGGCGGAGACGUGCGCGAGGCUUUUGCUCACGGAGCACGCAGAAACCUGCGUAAUGAUCUUCUCGUGGCAGCUGACUCCAUCACCAACACCAUGUCCUCCUUAGUCAAGGAGCUGCACACUGAGGAAGACGGAGCGGAGGAAGACGAGAGACUGCGGAAUGGAAAAGACCGAGGUGCGGCGGUCGGACAGGUGAGAGCGAUCGCUCAGCAUACUCCACGGAGAGAAGUGAAGCGCUCCGUUCACACACCGCCGUCGUCAUGAAGAGGACGACGUAGGAAGAAGCACGACGACGAUCUAUUGGUCUCGCGUCAGCCAAUCAGAGAAGAGCUUCAGGAGCCACUGUUUAUAACUGAUUGUAAUUUUAGAAUGGAAGAUCCUGUUUUUAUAUAUAUAUUUUUUUUCAGUUAAGUUUUGGAUUGGUUUUAUUUUUGUGAGGUUUUUUUUAUUUUCUUCCGAAUGGCUGUUUCAUGAAUAAGCUCAGUUUGGUGUUGCUGAUUGAUUUGUUGAACGCUAGAGAGAGGAGAAAACUAACUACUGAUCAGGCCCCCGGUUCGGACUGCGGACGAAGGACGAGGAGACGUUUCCGAGUGACGGUUCGGAGAAAGUUUUGUUGUUCGGAGAGAGUAAAGGAAUGAAGGAGGAACGAGGGAUGAGUUUGGCGAAAGGAGAAAGGUAAUGAAGGUGACGUGACGAGUGAGUCGUGCAGGUGGCUGUUACGUGGUUCGGGAGAGGAUUUAUCGGCGUGCGCCGUGUUUAAGGAACGCGACGGAACCGUUUUGUGCUGUUAAUUUAUUUUUAUUUUUGACGUGUUUGUGAUUUUUAUUUAUUUUUCGUCGGACAGCUUCUAAGCUCUCGCAGGUGUACGUGUCGGAGGAGGUCUUCAUGAUCGUGAAUCUUUGGGCUCCAGGCAAAAAUGAAGCCUAGUUGCAGACUGAAUUAUUAUUAUUUUUUUUUAUUAGUCUAGGACUAGACUUCGUCUGCGUUCCGUUCGGGAUCGAGCUGUUUCAGUGGGCAGCAUGUUAGCAGGAAGUCAAGACCGGUAGGCAUCAGCGUCACCGAUCGUGGUUAUCUUUACUUGAAAAUGGAUUCUGAUGUAGUGGCAGCUAAUUUUUGGUGCUGAACACGACUAGACUACUCUUAGCGUGCUUUCACACCUGUUGAUCCGUUUGCAGAGUCUGAAUCCGAGCCGAAUUGAUUCUUUUGCCGUUUGGUUUGGUUUCACACUUUCGUUUAAGUGUGAAAAACGUCGUCUGAGGGGCGUGUACGUAGGGCUGAAGAUGUCCUUUUUACCAAGUACCCAAGCAUGGAGAAGACGGAGCCGGCGCCAAAUUAAUGACUGUAUUUCUUUUUUAUUUAAAAAUUUUUUUUUUUAGAAAUAAGCAGUUUAAAACGUUUCAGUGUUUAUUCUCUAUUUUUAUUUAUUCUUCGGUCCACAUGGUAUUUCUGCAAUGCUACAGAUCUGUCUCGGAUCGAAGCAUGUUUGAUUCACUUCGGGCAGAGAGUCGAUUCAGAGUCGAAUCGCUUUCUCUUUCUAAUUCACUUCAUGCGGCGAGUCGAAUCGUUCUCUCACUAGCGUGAACCCACUGCAUGGAGUCGAAUCACUUUCUCACGCGAGUUCACUCAACACGGCGAGUCGAUUCAGAGUCGAAUCGCUCUCUCGCCCGAGUUCUCUUCCUGCAGUGAGUCUCCGCGUGCUCGAAAAAAGCAAAGUCAUUUUUAGCAGCAAGCGUUUUUGCGGGAACUUUUUCGAAUUGCUAAAAUAUUGAACAUGCCACCUUUAUCUGCGUAGUACGCAUAAAUCCCACCGGCCUCGUGUUUUGGAACGCGGUGUUUGGAAAAUGAGCCCUUUGAAGUAUCUGAUCAUGGAUUCACUCCUUUUCGCUCGAGUUUGUGUAAAUAUGGAAAGUUAUAGAUUUUAGUUUUAUAGAACUUAUUUUAGGUACAGACGUAAAGAAGGAGGACAACGGCUGAAUAUACAGUACGUAUACUGUGUCCCGUACCCAUGAUGCCUCUGUUUGUAGUUUUCAUUUAAGCACUGUUUGUAGUUGCGCGCACACACACACACACUAACACACAUUUUAUGUAUAUAAAAUAUAUAUAUAUAAUAUAUAUAUUUUCAUAUAUAUAUAUAUCUCUGAGUUGCUGUGUUCUUUUUAUACAGGUGUGUGUGUGAGUGAGGGCAUAAUUCUGGACUGUCACUAUAAUGAAGCUGCCUUUUAAUACCCGAGUCUCAAGUGGGAUUGUGGGAAAUAUUUAGUAUUUUUAGCCUUUACCUGUUUUUGAAGGGGGGGGGGAGAAUCAUCGCACAUAAUUCUGUCAAAAUGUCUUGCGGUGUUUCGUGUGUGUGUGUGUGUGUGUGUGUGUGUGUGUGUGUUCUCGGUUUAUAAAAACAGCUGCACCUUUUUUUUUUUUUUUUUGUUCUUCUCUUUUCAGUAUAAUCUUGCUGUGUUUUCCACACACACACACACACACACACACACACACACACGAGGACCUAAAGCUACCCUUAACCUCCGUAAUCAAAGAGGAAACUUAGGAGGUUUCUGUUUGUUUGUUUUAAAUAAAAAUGUCUUCACAAGGGCAAACUUGUCGGGUAAUCCUGUACUUAUGGGGACAUUCAGUCCUCACUAAGAUAUAAUUCCGUGUAGGAGGUUGUCUCUUUGUCUUGCGAGCAUCCCCCCCCCCUUGCCCCCCCUUGCAAUUAGCCAAAAAACAACAGUUUCCGCUUUUCGUUUGUAAUACGGUUCGCUUGUUUGGCGUUCGUGUACAUCAAUGAACGCGUUGCAUUUUUUUUUAGUGUCAUCUUAAAACUAGACAGUCUGUUAAAUAUCAUCUUUUUAUUUACCUUUCCUUUACAUUUUUUUUUUUUUUUUGGUUGCACAGAUUAUUUUAAUCCGGAAACGAAAUCCCAACUCUGGUUAAAAUGAAUCUCAUCCUCUGAAUCCAACGGAGAGGAAAACGUGCCUCUGACGGAGAUUUAUAUUAUUAAACGGAGUGACGAGUAAACGCAGGCUGGUUAAACGAAGGCCGCUUUUAGUAACAGCUGUUUGAGAAUCCUCUUUUUUUUUUUUAUGCUUUAUUCACAUACUUUUCCUUUGUGUGGUUGUUAAAAGUGCUACAGGUCCCUCGUGGUGUGCUUCAGACAGCGUGAAAAUAACUUUUAUUCUCUGACCGGAGACCCGGACACUUUAUUUCGGUGAGAGAAAUGACCUUUGCGAUAGUGGAGUGGAAAAUAAUAAAUAAUUUGUGCUGUUUCUUCUGUAAUUUUCGCCUCACGUUAUGAUUAAAAAAAACAACAUCUAAAACAUAUUUCUCCCAGUUUCCACUGUGAGUGCUUUUUAAUGAAUGGUGUGUCUAUGAUUGCCUAUGAGUGUGUGUGUGUGUGUGUGUCAGGUUCGGGGGCUCAUGGUGCCGGUAACCAUCAGUUUUGUCCUCGUCGAGUGUUUCAUUUCAAACGACUCGAAUCUGUCUCUGAUUUUUCAAACGUAUCAAGAAUAAACGUUAUUUUUAAAAGGAAA